AAGCGUUAAUCACUUACCCUGUUAUAACGAAACUGACCGGGAACUGCCAUUUUACCCCAAUUACAGAUAUGAGGCUGUAUUUGUUUCUAGCCGUGACCCUGAUGACCCUUCUCACGGAGGUGGUAAACGGGGCUGAGAAGAAGAAACUCCAGAUCGGGAUAAAGAAAAGAGUGGAAAACUGUCCCAUCAAGUCACGGAAGGGGGACGUACUGAACAUGCACUACACCGGAAGGCUGGAGGACGGGACUGAAUUUGACAGCAGUAUACCGAGGAAUCAGCCCUUCACCUUCACCCUGGGGACUGGGCAAGUCAUUAAGGGCUGGGACCAGGGGCUGCUAGGAAUGUGUGAGGGAGAGAAGAGGAAGCUGGUCAUCCCAUCUGAGCUCGGUUAUGGUGACAGAGGUGCACCACCCAAAAUUCCAGGUGGAGCCACUCUCAUCUUUGAAGUGGAGCUGUUGAGCAUUGAAAGAAGGUCUGAUUUAUAGUGCAGCGAAUCAGUCUGCUGUAAAAAUCAGAAACCCUCAUUUUACACUGUACAUGCACUGAAAUUAGCCAAUCACUGUUGCUCUGGAGACUAUAAUCAGGAAAUUAUUCUUUCUUGGGUGGUUUAUUGUGUUUCAGAGAUUAAAGUCACAUGUACAAUCAAUAAAAUAAUUCAAAUGAAUAACACCAUCUCCAUUGGAGCCAGCAUUGUUUUCAGCACCAUUCUUUAUUUUCUUAAUCUUACUACACACACUUGGAUGCAAGAGUGCAUACAGUACAGUAUUUCAUUCCAGCAAAUAGGGAUUGUGUUUACUUCUUGUUGUCAAACAAUUGAAGUUGAAUUGUUGAGUGGAAUAAAAAUUUUAUGUACAAAAAAA